UGUUAUAGAUAUCAAAUAUUUAGAACAUGUUAAUUGUAAUACAGUCGUUAUCCUAAGUUGUGCAGAUAGUUCGAAUGCAAUACAAAAUCUACAAAAAAUUAGACUUACAACGAUCAACGAUUAUUUAAAUGAUAACCCGGAGUAUGGAGCUUCGAACACUCCAGUUUUCAUUUUCAGUAAAAAUAAAUGCAGCGAAUCUGAAUUUGAGCGAGUGUGCUCUAAUACAUCAAAAUCGUUAAGUGUUCAUUAUUUUAAAUUUCUUAAUAACGUCAGUUUAGAGUGGUUGCGAAGCAGAGGAGAUGUCGGAAUAUUGCAAAAUUAUAGAUUACACAAUCAGUCGAAAAGUGAAAGUAAAUUUUGGUCUGACGAAUUCAAGGGAAGCAUUAAUUUAGUAAUAGGUGAUCCCGGGAUGGGUAAAACUGAAUUAACAAAAAGCUUCAAAAAUAACUGUUCUUCUAAAUACUGGACAGUAAUGCUUAGCCCUCAAGAAAUUAAUUUAUUCUUUAAGCAAUCAGGGAGGUGUCAAAGAUCAGAUUAUCUAAAUUUAUUUCAUACGUUCAUCUUAGAGGAAAAGUAUCAUCACCUAAAACACUUAGAUAAAGAAUUUUUUAAAAAUUGCUCUGAGCAACUGCGUGUUUUCUACGUGUGGGAUGCAAUUGAUGACAUUUUAACCAAAUACUUAAACGCCGUUUCGGAUUUGAUAGUUCUGUUAUCAAAUAAAGGAUUCACACAAUGGGUUACCGUUAGAAAACACUUAAAAUCUUGUCUUGAAAAACAAUUAAAUACGCUUUCUUUGGGCAUAAAUCAUUUUAACGAGAACGAGCAGGAAGAUUACAUUAGAAAGCGCCUUCGUUCUAUAAUUUCAGCUGAUAAUAUAGAAUCAUCGAUUCAGAAAGUGAAAUCUAGUUUUGCUUUUAUAAAACAUGUAGAUAUUUUGGGAAUUCCAUUGCAAAUAUUUAUGCUCACAGAAAUAGUUCUUCAAAAUAAUAAAAAAUAUUUAACUUUAAUUGGGAGCUCCCGGCUUUUAACUGAUCUAUAUCAUUAUUUCAUUCAAGAAAAGUUCAACAUUUUUUAUGAAAGCAAAAGGUCCCUUAAUAUUCGAGAUUCUUCUUCCAAGCUUCUGUUGAAGAAAGAUAAAAAGAAAACCUUAAUUCAUUAUGAGAAACUUGCAGUUAAACUAGUGUUUUCGGACUGCUCAGAUGUUAAUAUUCACGAGUGUAUAAAUACAAGUACUUACGAUUACGAGUCCAUCGGUAUUAUCACUGAUUCACAAAAUAACACGCCGGUUUUUUUACAUGCUUCUUUUGCGGAAUAUUUAGCUGCCGUGUAUUUUUUGAAAAAUGUUAAACUUAUACCUGGGGAGAAAUUUUUCAAUCGAAAGUACAACAGCGUAAGAUUUUUCUUUGAUAUGUUGUUGGCAAAAAAGUCACCACUUCACACUGCAAUCUUGUACAGAAACUUUGACGAACUAAUGAACUAUGACGACGAAAUAUUAACCCGGAAAGAUGAAGGUGGAAGGAAUGCUUUACAUCUGAUUUGUUCGUGGGGACAAAGACAUCGGCGGCUAAGAGUAACGAGUUAUAAAAUAAAUAGAUUUUUAUCAUAUCUUACUUCUGUUUUGCUAAAAAACAAAUCCGUUUUGAAAAGAAUACCCCGUGUGAGAUACACCCUCCAAAACGACGAAUCUUCUGAAGGAGAACUAGAAACUAGAGAAUAUUUAGAUGGGGUGCUAUAUUUAUUGAAUAAAUGUAGCAUUUCCGAACCGGAUGCCAUAUUUGAAUUGACGCCGCUGUCAUACGCUCGGGUCAGCGAAAGUUUAGGGGCGGAAUUGGAAUUGCUACAGUCAGGAAUGUUAGAUCUACAACCAGAGCAGUUGUAUGAUCAUUGUGAUAGAAUCAAUAUUUUAUAUUAUACAAGUUUGUUUGGUUAUGACAAAGGAAUUAGAAUGAUUGCUACGAAAGAAUUAAGUACUUAUUACGAAGAAGUAAAUUUCAUUUGCAAAUUCUCCGAAAUCACGCCUCUUGCGAUAGCGUCCUCAAAUGGACAUUUAGCCGUUGUUGAAUAUUUAUUGGAACUAGGGGCCGGAAUUGAUGAUAUUGAUAAAAAUGGUCGGACGCCACUUUACACAGCUUCUGAAAACGGCCACGAAAAAAUUGUUGAAUGCUUAGUGGAAUGCGGAGUCGAAAUUGAUCUCGCUAAUAAAAACGGUGAGACCCCACUUUAUGUAGCUGCCGAAAAAGGCCACGAAAAAACUGUCAAAUUCCUAGUACAAUAUGGAGCAGAAAUCAAUCGCGCUUCUAAAUAUGGUGACACACCCCUUCAUGCAGCUUCCUCGAAAGGCCACGAAAAAAUUGUUGAAUACUUAAUGCAAUUUGGAGCCGAAAUCAAUCGCGCAGAUGAUGUUGGUUGGACACCGCUGCGCGCAGCUUAUUGGAACGGCCACAAAAACAUUGUUCAAUGCCUAAUGACAAGAGGAGCUGAAAUCAAUUGCGCUGAUAAACGUGGCGAAACACUCCUUUACGUAGCUUCCUCGAAAGGCCACAACGAAAUUGUCGAAUGUUUAGUGAAAUGCAGAGCCGAAGUCAAUGGCACUGAUAACUAUGUCCGGACGCCUCUUUACGCAGCUGCCAAAAACGGCCACGAAAAUGUUGUCGAAUGCUUAUUGGAGUGCGAAGCCGAGAUUAAUCUUGCUGACUACAAGGAUCGAACACCCCUUCACGCAGCUUCCUGGAACGGCCACGAAAAAAUUGUGGAAUGCUUGGCGAAAUUCGGGGCCGAAAUUGAUAGUCCUGAUUAUAACGGUCAGACACCGCUUUACGCGGCUUCCUCCAACGGUCACAAAUAUAUUGUCGAAAUACUAUUGAAACUUGGAGCCCAAAUCAACCACGCUGAUUAUAAGAAUCGAACACCACUCUACGUAGCUUCGUUGAACGGCCACCAAAAAGUUGUCGAAUGUUUAGUUAAAUGUGGAGCCGAAAUCAAGUGCGCUAAUAAGCCCGAUCGGACUGCGCUUCACGCAGCUGCCAAAAGCGGCCACGAAAAAAUUGUCGAAUAUCUUGUGCACUCCGGAGCCGAACUCGAUAUCGGUGAUCAUCUUGGCUGGACAUCGCUGCACUUAGCUUCCAAAAAUGGCCACGAAAAAGUUGUUGAAUGCUUAGUGAAAUUCGGAGCCGAAAUAAAUCGCCUUGGCUUUAAUGGUUGGACACCGCUUUACGCAGCUGCGUUAAACGGCCACGAAACAAUUGUCGAAUAUCUAAUGAGUCACAAGGCCGACAUUAAUCGCGCUAAUAAGAGUGGUCAGACGCCGCUUUACGCAGCUUCGUCGAGCGGUCACUUAACAAUUGUCGAAUACCUAGUGAUAAACGGAGCGGAAAUCAGUUGUGGAAACGACUUUCUUUCGACACCGCUUUACGCAGCUUCCUCGAAAGGCCACGAAAAGAUUGCCGAAUACCUAAUGAAAUGCGAAGCCAAACUUAUUUAGUGCCAAAGUAAGGAAAAAAUAGUGAACGGUUCGGUGAAACUUUUAAUUUUAGGUGAUUUUAACGUUUCUGAUUUGUCUCGGUCAAAUAUAUUGCAUACUUUUUUAAUUUUCUUCAAAUUGCAACAAGCUAACACUAUAACUAACAUUUCUAGUUAGUUGAUGUAUAUAUUGAAUAUCGCGUUCAGUGUUUGCAGUUUCAAAUAAAAGAAGGCUUUAAUUUCAAAAAAGGGAACUUUAUAAGUUUGUGUGGUGAAUUAUUGACGACUGAUUGGAAUUUUAUUGAAGAUUUCUCUGAUCCUUGUUCGGCUUUAAAUGCUUUAGAACUAUUUGCCGGAAAUAUAUGUUUCCAAUACUUCAGGUCUUUGAUUUAAUUUGUAAUUAGUAAUCUAAAGUUUGAUAUCUAUACUAUAAUUAUAACCGCAGAUCUCAAUCUUAUUCAAAUAUCUUUUGAUAAACCGCUAUUUAGUUAUACUGGAUAUUGUAAAUAAAAUUAUUAAAUAAAAUAACAUUGGGCAAACCAUCAAUUUCAUUCAUCUAUUAUUGCCAUCUCUUCCCUGAUUGUAAAAAUGAAAUCUACAUGUGAAACACGAGGAUAUUUUAUAUUUCAAAAUCAACAGAUGACAACACUUGCGGUGUUAAACUUUCUCUAAAGUUUUUGAAGUUAUUAUUAACUAAUCAAUUUUUAUUCUACUAUAACUACCAGAUACAUUACAAUCUAUAAAGAAGAUGAUGAAAAUCCUGUGUUUAAAGUGUUUUAACGUUGAUCUUUAGUGCAGCAGAAGCUUAAAAAAUUUCGAUAAUAAGUUGUCAGAACUUAAUGAGAGAAAAGUCGCCGACAGAAUUGCUAGUUACGAAGAAUGUAUCCACCAACAUGAAUAAAAAACGGGCCUAGACAACUUAAAUUGCUAAACACAAACGCUAAAGAGACUUGAUAUUGUGGAGGAAAAAGACAAUAUAUUACCAUAACAUAUUUUUCACUGCAGUCAAGCAAGAGAACUAGGAUAUAUCUAGUUUAGAAUAAAAGCCAAAUUCAAAUUUGUAAAUUUUAUUUUUUUAAGCUAACCCCAAUGUUUAUGUACUCUAUGAGUCAUGAACUAUUUAGAAAAUAUGAAAGUAUCGAGUCCCCCCAUAUACCCUAUUACAACACGUCCAAUACUAUUUACGUAAAAGUAGAUAAAUUUAAUUUAUUUUUCUUAUGUAUGGUGAUCUACACUUCUGAGGUGAAUACUAGAAAUGCUACUGAAAAAUGUACACAACAAUGAAAAUAAAAAACAUAUAUUUACAGGUCGCGCUUAUUGUUGGUGUUUAAGGAACUUGCCGAUGCGACGAAUUAUCAAAGAUGUUACUGGAUGACAUUGAACAUCAAGAUAACGUUCUAAUAGUACACAUUCCUGAUUCUAAAACAAAAAACCUUGUCGCUUUGUAAUAAUUGUUGAUGAAGGAAAUCUUGCUUUGUACAGGCGUUAUGUGGCAUUACGCCCGGUUCGUCUUCCACACCGGCGGCUAUUUGUAAAUUAAAAUCAAGGGAAAUGUGCUGUCCAACCAGUGGGGCUACAUUCAUUUGAAAAAUUCCCUUCUAAAGUUGCAACGUAUCUUGAGUUACCUACACCUCUGGAAUACACGGGGCAUUGUAUGCACCGAAGUUCAGCGACUUUAUUACUAGACGCUGGGGGCGAUGUUACCAAUUUAGAAAGACAUGGAGGAUGGCAAAGUACAACGGUGGCCGAGGGCUAUAUUAAGGAGUCGAUCCAAAAUAAGCUAGAUAUAGCAAGAAAAAUACAAUCUAGUGCAAUAAUCCCUCUACAGGACUUUUACUGAAAAUUUGAAGCUCGCUUAUAAAUCACUAUCGGAAAACAAUAUUUCAAACAUAAGAAGUUCCUCAAUUCAUAUUAAUAUUUCUAAUUAAUAGUUUUGAUUAAAUUGUUCUUUUUUAAAA